AUGAAUAAAGGCACUCGCAGCCAAAUAAAUUUAAGUAACGGAAAAAUACAAGACAUUCAAUGUCAGCCUACACCUCGAAAACAAAUCAGAAAUAUAACUCUGACCCAUCACGAAACCACUGAUACAUUAUACGAUCUCUCACAACAAUCAAUCCAAUUGCCACAACUAUAUACUAAUUUUCUUCAAUCAAUCAUGUCAGAGAACCAAGAAGAACAGGAUAUGAAACAAUUACUAGAACUCAAAAAAUACCAGAAAAUAAUAGAAGAAAAAUAUCUACAGAAAAUUCCGGAUUUAAAAGGGAUAGCAGAAGAAAAUCUAGAAGAAUGGUUUUAUGUUAUCGAACAAAUAUUUACAAAAUUACUUUAUCCGCGAACCAGUUGGAUAUGUACGGCAAUAUUGUUUUUGAACCCGUCAUUACGAAUGCAAUGA